AUGUUAGGGGCGCUUAGUGGAUUACUUCUUCACCAUGGGUUGUUUAUCAAAGGAGAAUGGCAUCUACAGGCUCCCACCGUGGCAGUGGCUCAUCUGUGUGCGUUUGGGGGUAUCGUCUGCCUCUCCUGGAUGUUGGUCAGACCAACCCAUCGAUUCGAGAUGGCGUUUCUGCUGAUUGCAAGUUAUCUGACGACACUAACCAGCAGCAUAAUCGCUUAUUGGUUGUUCUUCCAUCGGCUUUGCGGCUUUCCCGGGCCUCGUCUUGCGCAAGUGAGCAAGCUAUGGCAUGUAUGGAAGGCUCGACAUUCCCGGAACUAUUUGAUGUUGCAGAAUCUACGCAACCAAUAUGGUGACUUCGUGCGCACUGGACCGAGCGAGCUCACAGUAUUCCACCCCGAGGUCUUCACGGCGAUAGAUGGGCCGCGAAGCAGCUGCAUCAAGGCGGAAUGGUACGACAUCUUGCAUCCUCAGAUGGCUCUCGUCACUGCUCGUGACAAAGGCACGCAUGCCAGCCGCCGUCAUCAGUGGAACCAAGGACUCUCAGCCAAAGCUCUAGAGCAAUACGAAGCCAAGUUUCGAGCUCAUAUCGAGCAAUUGGAAGCGGUAUCUGAAGUCACAGACCUUUUCUACUGGUUUGGCUUUGACGCGAUGGGUGACUUUGUGUUCAAUAAAUCAUUUCAUAUGCUACAUAGCCAGCGAUGGCAUCAUAUUGUUGUCUUGUUACAGCGCGCUCUGUCCCUGCUCGGGCCCUUUAGUCCGAUACCGUGGUUUAUUCACAUUGCGUUCAAGCUGUUUCCCCGCGUGUGGCUUUUGAGAGAUUGGUUUGAGAUGCUUGCUUGGUCCGAAUUGCAGAUGCGCCAGCGAAUGAAGCUGCCCCAAGACCCGCAUCGCGUCCCCGACGUGGCCCACGAUCUAAUGGAAGAUGCCCGCACCAAUUUGAACCACCCAACUUGGUUGACUGGCGACAACAUUCUAGCGGUUGUCGCUGGUAGUGAGCCAACUGUUGUUGUUCUCGUGGGGAUCUUCUGCGAGCUUGGACGGAACCCUACCCACGCCGCACGCAUCUACCAGGAGACCCGUGGGGUCGAUCUCUCCGAUCCUCGCACCCUGCUUCGGAAUUGCUCUUAUCUAGAAGCAGUGAUUACUGAGGCGUUGCGUCUCUAUCCUGCAUUGCCCACCGGGGGCAACCGGAAGACCGCGGCGGACAGCCUCGUCAUCGGGGGGGUGUAUAUCCCCCAAUUCACCACUAUCGUCGCCCCACGGUGGAAUAUCUCUCGUCGGGAGGACUGUUUUGUGUCCACAGAGAAAUUCCUCCCCGAGAGGUGGUUGGAAAGACCGGAGAUGGUACGCAACAAAGCGGCUUACGCUCCGUUCGGAACUGGCCAUCAUAGCUGCUUAGGCAAGUCUCUUGGCCUGGAUGUUUUACGCCUUGUGAGAGCGCGGUUAGUGGACAAGUAUAUUAUCCGGUUCCCCCCGGGUGAGAACGGGGACCAGGUGUUAAACGACAUGAGAGAUCAAUUCACCUCCAAUCCUGGGCGUUUGCGAUUGCAAUUCGAACCACGGAAGAAGAUCCAAUCGGGAGCAAGGUAA